CAGCAAAAUGCUGGAAGUGGCCUAGCACGCACACAGACAGCUCUCUGGAAAGAAUGAACGUUCCUCUUCUGCUUUUGCUCCUCUUUCAGUUGCCUCGCUCUGCGCUGCUUACGGGAUUUGAACGCGCGUAUUUGGAGCACCAACUUGUCGAGGAAGGGCGCGUAUCAGGGCGCAGGACUGGAAGACUGUAUUGUAGAGUUGGAAUAGGUUUCCACCUUCAGAUUUACCCCGAUGGAAGAGUUAACGGGAGUCACGAACCUAAUCCGUUAAGUGUACUGGAGCUGUUUGCUGUGUCUCAGGGGGUCAUAGGGAUCCGAGGGGUUUUUAGCAACCGAUUUCUAGCCAUGAACGAGAGGGGGAGGCUUCAUGCAACUGAGAGCUUUACAGAUGACUGUAAGUUCAGGGAGCGGUUUCAGGAGAACAGCUACAACACAUACGCCUCAGUGAUCCACAAGAACCAUCGCACUGGUAGAGAGUGGUUUGUGGCACUUAACAAGAGAGGAAAAGCAAAAAUGGGUUCCAGUCCAAGAGUAAAGUCACAACACGUGUCUACACAUUUUCUGCCAAGGAUGAACCUAUAUGAAAAGACUGAACAGGGAUUCACAAUAACAGACAAAGAGCAGGAAAAACAUCCACCUCCACAUCCAUCAAUGCUCUCUAUACAGAAAAUAGCAGUCAAGUCUGGAAAGAAGAAUCGACCAGUAGUCAAAUACUGGCCGAAGUUUCGAUUUGGAUAAACCAGUGCUGUCUUAAAUGUGGACUAAUCUCGCAAAAAAGUUGGUUUUCUGAAAUAACUAGUUUCCUCUUCAGGAUAAUCAAUACUUGUCUUGAGCAUUCCAGUCAUUAUGUAUAUUAUGUCAAAGGGCUGAAUGAGCCAAUCACAUGACAUUUACAGGACCGAAUGAACUUCUGAAGUCUGAUGUGCAUUUCAUCUUCUGAAAAUCAUGCAUAUUUGAACUAAAAUUGCUUCACAAGAAGAUUUGCAUAAUUAUCCUCAGUGAUCUUACAAAAUAUAACAAAAUUUUUAUUUCUCACUGUAUUUAUACAAUAUAUUUAUGUCUCUACAAGGUUUUUUUUUUUUUUUGCACAGUUAGCUCCUAAGAUUAUAACGUUUCUGAUGGUAAUUUGCAAAUAUAUAUUUUUUAAAAGUGAACAGUAAUAUAGGAAAAAGAAGGCAUGUUUUGAAUGCUUCUGGGCUGAAUUAUGCACAUGGAUUGCAAUUUGCAUAAAAGAAAGUCCAUAUUUCUAUUGAACAGCUAGGUGUCUGUCCAUUCAAACCAUAGCUGCUGACUGUCAUGGAAAUUAAAAUCCUGUCAUGACCCCAGUCCAUUCCACAGAAGAGCGAUGUCUCCCAAGGAUAAACAUGUCUUGUGGGACUGCUCUGUUUUUAUGAGCUCUGCUCAUAGGAAUAUCAAAUGGCAGACAGUUGUGGUAUGACCCUACACAAAAUAUCUCUAUAACUGUCAAGCAGGACACACUGAAACGGUGUGGAAUUCAUCUUCAGUGUUUACAGGUGAUUGCAACCAUUAUUAAACCAUUUCCAAACAUUUCACAACAAUUAAUUGCUAAUAAACUUUUCACUAUAGUGACAUUAAAAUCUCCGGUUUACAGUUCCUAAAUUUAUUCUGAGGCUUUUGUCUAUUUUUACAAA